ACUGGUGAUUUGGUGGUGGGUCACACCAAAAAAAAGUGUUUGGCAUUCUUUUCAAAUCAAAUAUUGACUAUAACAUAGGGCAGGAUCUGAAAUCUUAAAUUUGCGAGGCCAAAGUGAAGGUGGAGAAGGACGGUGGCGGGGCGGAAUUGAGCUCCGAAGGCGGCUGCCAUGGCGCGGCUCCUCCACGGUAGACUGAAGGGGCGGAAGUGUACACCGACGAUGGCUGUAAAGGGCGGAACUAAAUCCCGAGAAGGACGUUGGCGGAGCGGAAGUGAAUCCUGAAGGAGAUUGUAGCGGGGCGGAAGUGAGGUCCGCAGUGGAACGAGUGGGACUGAAGGCGCUUGAAGUGUAAUCCGGAACCGAGUUUAGUUUGGUGGGACGGGGUAAACGGGUGGAUGUUAAUUUGAAACUACCAUGGGGAUAUCGAAUGAUGCGGAUACAACGCUGUUCAUCGGGAAUCUGGAUCAGAGAGUAACGGAGGAGCUUCUAUUUGAAUUAUUCCUGCAGUCUGGCCCGCUCCUCGCCGUAAAGAUCCCCAAGGAUAAGGAUGGAAAAUCAAAGCAGUACGCGUUCGUGCAUUUUAAACAUGUGGAGUCCGUCCAUUAUGGGAAAAACUUACUGAAUGGAAUACAACUCUACGGAAAGGCUAUUAAGAUACAGUUCAGAUCAGGGAGUGUUCAUGAAUCUCGGGAAGGAAGCCAGUCUCAGAAUUCAACUUCUUCUUUCGCUCCUCCCUCCCAUUCUAACCAGUUCAGCAAUAAUCGGUUUGGCCGUGGUAUGGAUAAUACAGGGUCUCCAAUCUUUGCGACCCCACAGCCAGUACAGAAAUCAUUUUCUUCACCUGAUAGUCUUCAGAGGCAGGUUGUGGUGAACAACAUGUGGCAGCAACAGGCCAGGGGAGGGCAGCAGAAUUACAGUCCCUCACUGCAGCAGUCUAAUGCUAACAAUCGAUCCACUCUGCAGCAAUCCUACCAAGGUACAUCUAACCAGCAUGCCACAUCUCAGAAUUAUAGCACCACUGCACAGCCACGGUCAUCCAGUCCAAAUUCACGAAUGAUGUGGCAUUCUGAAAAAUCAACGUCAGGCACCCAGAGGCAGCAGUCCUAUUCAUCCUACCGAUCAGAUAAUGGUUAUUUCGCUCGAGAUGCUCACUUCCAGGAUCACAGUUCAGAGCAGUAUUAUAGAGGAAACCGUGAACCAGAGUUCCAACAUGACCAAAGCUCUCAACACAACAGAAGUUGGGAGUACGAUUAUCGGAGGGAUCACUCUCGAGGAAGCAGACGUCGAAAUUGGCAAUAAACUUACUGCCAGAUUGGGGAUGAGUUAAUCCCUUUCUUUCUGAACAUUUAGAACUUGAGGGAAUGUUCAGUGAACUAACUUCCUGAUGUUAAAAAGAUGAUAUACCUAAUUGUAAUUUUCUGAGCAGUUUGGGAUGUCUGCACAAAAGUUCCCUAUUUGUACAAUAUAAAGCACCAAGUCCCCGAGCCAAUUGUCUGUCUAAGCUUGUUCCUUUCCCACUUGUAAACAUAUCUGACUCCUUAACGUGAAUCUCUGCCUCACUACUUGUGAGUUUGUUUUUUAAAAGUUCUAAUGGUGCUUUAUCUGGAGGGAGAUGGAGUUAAGCAACUUUCAUCAGUUUCUUUGAUUCUGGUGACCUUUACCACUCAGGCAGACCACAUAGUUAAUUGCAUAGCGUGAUGUGCCAGUAAAAUGAAACUCUUUUCUGAAUAUAAAAUACGCAGCAGAGGAGCAACAUGUCAGGACCAUGAUUUUGUCUUAUCCAAAUUGCACAUGUGAAAUCUGCAAAGUUAUAAUGCAGGUUCAAUAUUUAAAUAGAGUGUCAAAGCCAAAGUGAGUUCUGGAUUAAAAAAAAUGUUUUGCAGACUAGUGGUGUACUAUAUCUUCCUUCCCAUUCUGUUAUUAGUUCAUUUGAGGCACUGACUGUUCUUUGUUCUUUGUUCUUUGUUGAGUAGUCUUGCUUCAAAGUUGCUAAUACAGUGAACAAUUGAUCAUAAUCUUAUCCUUAGCCUGCCUCCAAUGUCUAUGUUCUUCCAAUUAGUGUUUUUUUUAAAUUGUCAAAUAACUGGCAAGCACAGAUGCAGCACUCUGCUCAGCUGGGGGGGAAUUGCCUGCUGAUGAAACUUCGGUGAGGAGCAAUAGGGCUACUGACAAAAUCACUGAGUAAACUGGAUCCACAAAAUUAAUUUACAUGUACAUCUGAUAUGCUAAUUUUUAAAUAGUGUGUAAUUAACUCAGAGCCUUAGCCAGUGCUAAUGCAAACAUUGCUUAAAGAAUUGGCUAUUAAAGAAUAAAUGCUCAACCUUGUUUCUUUUAAAAUAAAAAAUUUGGUGAGAGUCAAACUCCAAUAAAGGAAUCGGAUGCAGCAAGGAAUUUCAAGGAUUGUAGACAAGAAUCUGAAUCUGCUGAUCAUACAUAGAAUGAAGCUGAGGAAUAGCUCAUAUUAAGCUGGAAAGUAGCAUUCUCCUUGUAGAAGUUGAGUGCAAUUCUACUUGUUUAGUGUGGAAGAGAUCACCAUGUGUCCUGUAAACCAAUUCUAGUCUUGGUGACAGACUUCUAAGACUAUAAUUGGGAUGCAUAAAUGUAGGGAACUAGUAUGUGAUUAGGUUUCUUGCACCUUUUACUCAAGUGCAAAUAGCAAAUGCCCAGUUGUUAGUGCUCAUUUACAAAAGUUGUUGCUGUUUUCCUUCAAUUUGAACUUGCUUCUCCUUUUACUGAUACCCACAAGGUAAGUGAAAGUUAUUUAUCACCAUAUUGCUGCCAUGAAGCAGUGUCAGCCUUUGAGGAAUAGUACUGUAUAGCAGGAACAUUCUAGUUAGAAUAAAUUUAGAGUGCAGGUAUUUCCUAUUGAUAAGUAUUACUAGUUACUAAUUAUUGUCUUUAAUUUUCUCAUUGUGUUGCAAUUGUACCUAACCAAAAUUUACUGGUUUUUGGUCCUCUGAAACUAAUGUACCCAAGAAAACAUAAUAUGUACCUUUUUGUAGUUGUAACAGUAGAAUAAUGUAUUCUCUGGUGUUCAGUAGCAAAAAAAAACCCUUCAGAAUUUAAAAGAAGAAAUUUGUACAGCUUUUUAAUAUUACUGUUAUUUUUUAACGUAAGCCUUGUUUUAUUUAGGUGAAACUGGGUUGUACAUAACUUUGUACCUGCUUCAUUUGACAAAAGAUUUUGGAGACCAUGAGGAUUGUAGCAAAGAUGCGCAAUGUCCUG